AUGAGGCCGCGGCCAAGAAGUGGGUGCGCGAUGACGCGGUGUGCCGUGGCCACAUCCUCGCCACGCUCUUCGAUCGGCCUGCUCCCGGACUACCUGCGCUUCGCCACGGCCGCGGAGCUGUGGCGUGCGCUGGCGCGCACCUACCACUUGGACACGCCCCGCGUCUGGCGGGACAGGUUCGACGCGUUCGUGUUCGAGCAAGGCUCCAAGGACAAGCUCCUGGAGCAGAUCGCGCAUGCGGAGGCCCUGGGCGUCGCCGCGAAGCUCCCGGACGACUUCAUCGCCUACGAGCUCUGUGGGAAGCUCCCGGACAUCGUCAGCAACGCCGUCGUCGUGCACUCCGGUCCUCAUCACAACGAGAUGACCAUGAGCUUAGUCUGGGAUGUCCCCCAGCGUGUCGUGGCCAGUGGCGCAGGACCGCAAUGUUUCUGGAGGAUGGACGAUGACUGA